CUUAUCACACAGGGUUAACAUCAGCACCGUUGAUAUCACCGCUAUUUUCUCCCAAAUCUCCGUCACCAGAGGGAAAAUAUCGCUUUGCUGCGGUCGCUGCUGACAACGCAGAAUGUUCCAAAAUAGGAAAUCACGUGAUGGCGGUACAAGGGGGGAGUGCUGUCGAUGCGGCAAUAGCGGCCAUCUUGUGUGUGGGGAUUCACAACAUGCAAAGUUGUGGUAUAGGCGGUGGUCAUUUUCUCAUGUACUAUAACAGGCAUUUGGACAAGAUGCACUCUGUGGUAUCUCGGGAGCAGGCGCCCUCCAUGGCAACUGAGGACAUGUUUACUUCCGAAAAGAAUUCCUCCUCCACUGCAGGUGGAAAAGCUAUUGCAAUUCCGGGGGAGAUUCGCGGUUUAUAUGAAGCUUGGAAACUGGGCGGUCGUUUACCAUGGAAACAGCUAAUUCAGCCAACAAUAAAGCUUUGUAGAGAUGGUUUCCGUGUAAGCAAAGCAUUGAGGGAAGCCAUGGUUUUCGAAAAAGAUUUUGCGGAUGAAUUCCCUGGAUUUAAACAACUGAUCACGAAUCCAUCCACGGGUGCAUUGUAUAUAGAAGGCGAAAUUAUGAAACUUCCAAAAUUGGCUCGAACAUUCGAGCUUAUCGCAGACAAAGGACCACACGCGUUUUAUAAUGGAACAUUAGCAGACGACAUAGUAGCAGACAUACAGGAGGCGGGCGGUAUAAUCACGAAAGACGAUUUGGCCAACUAUACGUCACUGGUUGAAGACGCGUUACAUUUUCAUCUACAUGACAACAAUACCGUAUACUCGCCACCUCUUCCAUCAAGUGGAGCCGUGUACCUGUUCAUAUUGAACAUCCUCAAAGAUUACAACUUUACUGCGGAUAGCGUAUCAAACGUUGCCAAGGCGACCACCACAUGGCACCGUGUGACAGAAGCAAUGAAGCAUGCUUAUUCAUUGCGAACAAACCUUGGUGACAGCACCGUUGGCUCGGAUGCAUUCAGGACGUAUGUUACAAAGCUUGUGCAGAACAUGACUGAUCCUUCAUUUGGCUUCACCCACAAGCAACAGAUCGAUGAUUCGCGAACGUUCGGUUCGGACUACUACAAACCAAUAUUGCACAGCGCCUGGGAGGAUCACGGCACCGCCCACCUGUCCGGCAUUGGGCCAAACGGAGACGCAGUGUCCAUAACAAGCACAACCAACCUGCGCUUUGGUUCCAAAGUGAUCGGCAGUCGAACGGGAAUCAUAUUCAACAACGAAAUGGACGAUUUCUCUACUCCGGGGACAGUGAACUAUUUCGGGGUACCGGCUUCUAAGGCGAAUUUUAUAGCUCCUUGGAAGCGUCCCAUGUCGUCCAUGUGUCCAAGCAUUGUAGUUGAUGGAGACGGUAAUGUGAGACUGGUCAUCGGAGCUGCAGGUGGUACAAGAAUUACAACUACAACAGCUUUGGUGACGAUUGAGACACUACAGUUUAAAUGGGGAAUCAAAGAAUCUAUAGACUAUCCGAGGAUUCAUCACCAGUUGUUUCCCGAUUAUAUUCGAAUCCAAGAAGGAUUUCCACAGAUUGUGAUAGAUGGUCUGAGAGCUCUCGGCCACAACGUGUCUGUUGUUGCGAGCGCGAGUAGCACAUGUCAGGGAGUCUUGCGUCAGGGAGACUACAUCAUGGCGAAUUCCGACUACAGGAAAUAUGGCGAACCCGAUGGAUAUUAGCCAUUAAAGCAUAAACAGAUUGGUGUUUACCUCAUGUUAAAAACCAGGACAAAUAAAAUGUUCAUUUUCUUAA